AUGCCCCGCCGCGGGCCCGCGUCCGCGCUGUUGCUGCUGCUGCUGCCUGCGCUCCUGGCGCUGCUGCUGGGGGCGGCCACCGCGGCUCCCUUGGCGCUCAGACCCUCCAAGGAGGAGCUAACACGCUGUCUGGCAGAGGCGGUCACAGAGGUGCUAACACCAGGCCAGGCCCAGAGAGGACCCUGCAUGGCUCUCCUUCACAGAGAGAUGUGCGAGACAGAGCCCAACAGCUGCGUGUCCCCUGGGGAGAAAGGCCUGCUAGUUGGGGAUUUCAAGAAGCAAGAGGCUGGGAAGGCCAGGUCCAGCCAGGAGGUGAGGGAUGAAGAGGAGGAGACCACAGAGAGAACCCACAAGUCUGAGGUCCAGGAACAAGCCAUCCGCGAUAAACUCCAGAGCCAGCUCCACCAGGAGGAGGAGGAGGAAGAGGGGGAGGAGGAAAAGAGGGGCCCCAUGGAGAUCUUUGAGGACCUGUGGCAGCAGCGUCUAGAGGGUGGAGGGGGCCUCCAGAAGCGGGUGGCAGAGAAGGCCAGAGAUGAGGAGACAGCUCAGUUUGAGGCAGAGGAGAAGGGCAUGCAGGUGCUGGGUGGGGGCCACGGUUUGUGGCAGGGGGCUGAGGGGGGCGGAGGAGAGAGGCACGAGGAGUCCCUGCACUACCACCACCACCGGCACCACCUGCCAGAGACUGAGCCCGGGCAGGAGGAGAAGGAAGAGGCUUCGGAGAGGGAGGAGCAUGACAUGGAGCAGCUGGAGCAUGUGAGAGAUGAGCUGAAGAAGGCCACGGAGAUGCUGGGGGAGCAGCUCAGGAGGGAGGACUGA